CCCUCUCCCCUCCGCCUCCUGUGGCAGUUUGAAGUGACUAAUUUCUGUCAUAUGACUGUGACACCAAUGGGGGCGGCGGCCGCUGGGCGGAACUAGAUGCUCCGCGGCUGCUCUCCCUGCUCUCCGAAGGGGCCCAGGUCCCCGCAGCCCCCUUCCCCGUACACAUCUUGCCACUCGUGAGGCCGCUCGGAAAGGGCCAGUGCCCCGUGGUCCCGCAGCUCUGAGCUUGGCGCGGCCAGAUCUGACCCAGCCAAGAUGCCCCCGACCCUCUUCCAGAAGCUGUUCAACAAAAGGAGCGGGCUGGGCUCUCCCGGCCGGGACACCCGGGACCCCGACUGUGUGUGCAGUUGGCCUUUGUCGGAGUUUGAUCCAAGCCAGAUUCGACUAAUCGUGUAUCAAGAUUGUGAAAGAAGAGGGAGGAAUGUCUUGUUCGACUCUAGUACUAAAAGAAAAACUGAGGAUGUAUCUGUGUCGAAACUUUGCAGUGAUGCUCAAGUAAAAGUCUUUGGAAAAUGCUGCCAGUUGAAACCUGGAGGAGACAGUUCUUCUUCCCUGGAUAGUUCUAUCAAUUCUUCAGAUACAAAAGAGCAGUGUCCUAAAUAUCAGGGUUCUCGGUGUUCUUCUGAUGCCAAUAUGCUUGGAGAGAUGAUGUUUGGCUCAGUGGCCAUGAGUUAUAAGGGUUCUACCCUAAAAAUUCAUCAAAUUCGUUCUCCUCCCCAGCUUAUGCUUAGCAAAGUUUUUACUGCACGUACUGGAAGUAGCAUCUACGGAAGUCUAAACACGCUCCAAGACAGUCUUGAAUUCAUUAAUCAGGACAAUAAUACAUUAAAGGCAGAUAAUAAUACGAUUAUCAAUGGGCUUCUUGGAAACAUAGGUCUUUCACAGCUUUGCAGCCCUAGGCGGGCAUUCUCUGAGCAAGGCCCGCUCCGCCUGAUCAGGAGCGCCUCUUUCUUUGCAGUUCACAGCAAUCCAAUGGACAUGCCUGGAAGAGAACAAAAUGAAGACAGGGACAGUGGCAUAGCACGCUCUGCUUCUCUUAGCAGUUUGCUUAUUACUCCAUUUCCCUCUCCAAACUCUUCACUUACUAGAAGUUGUGCUAGCAGUUACCAACGACGCUGGCGUCGCAGUCAGACAACCAGUUUGGAAAAUGGUGUCUUUCCUAGAUGGUCUAUAGAAGAAAGCUUUAAUCUGUCAGAUGAAAGCUGUGGCCCAAAUCCUGGAAUUGUUAGGAAAAAGAAGAUUGCAAUUGGUGUAAUUUUUUCACUUUCCAAAGAUGAAGAUGAAAAUAGUAAAUUUAAUGAAUUCUUUUUUUCACACUUUCCUCUUUUUGAAAGCCACAUGAACAAAUUGAAGAGUGCAAUAGAGCAAGCUAUGAAAAUGAGCCGAAGAUCAGCUGAUGCCAGUCAACGGAGUUUGGCAUAUAAUCGUAUUGUUGAUGCCCUAAAUGAAUUCAGAACAACAAUUUGCAAUCUUUACACAAUGCCCCGGAUUGGAGAACCUGUCUGGCUCACAAUGAUGUCUGGAAUCUCUGAAAAGAAUCAACUUUGCCAUCGUUUCAUGAAAGAAUUCACUUUUCUAAUGGAAAAUGCUUCCAAAAACCAAUUCUUACCAGCUCUCCUUACAGCUGUUUUGACCAAUCAUCUUGCCUGGGUCCCAACAGUCAUGCCUAAUGGACAACCACCUAUAAAAAUAUUUUUAGAAAAACAUUCCUCCCAGAGUGUGGACAUGCUGGCAAAGACUCAUCCCUAUAACCCAUUGUGGGCACAAUUAGGAGACUUAUAUGGUGCAAUUGGCUCUCCAGUAAGAUUAGCAAGGACGGUAGUAGUUGGCAAAAGACAAGACAUGGUCCAGAGACUGCUUUAUUUUCUUACCUAUUUCAUAAGAUGCUCUGAACUUCAAGAGACUCAUCUAUUAGAAAAUGGAGAAGAUGAAGCCAUAGUCAUGUCAGGAACGAUUAUUACCACAACCUUAGAAAAAGGGGAAGUCGAGGAAUCUGAAUAUGUGCUUAUUACAAUGCACAGAAACAAAAGCAGUUUACCCUUUAGAGAUUCAGAAGAAACGGGAACUCCACAUUGUGACUGUAAAUAUUGCAAAUGUCCAUUUGUUGUACAAAAUGUAGAGAGUGUUUCACAACAAGAGAGAAAUGUUCAAGGCACUUCUCAGCAGCUGCUGGAAACUUCUUCAGAUGAGUGCAGGAUAAUUCCUCCUUCUAGCUGCCAAGAAAAUGCUGUUGACAUUAAGCAGUGCAGAGAUAAAUUGCGAACUUGCCUUGACACCAAGUUAGAGACUGUAGUUUGCACAGGAUCUGCUCCAGUAGACAAAUGUGUGUUGGCAGACUCAGGACUAGAGCCAGCAAUAGAAACCUGGAGAAGUGAGGAAUCAUUGGACUCAGACAGUCAGUCAAGCAAAGGGAUGAGAUCAACAGGCAUAGCUGUGGAAAAGAAACCUCCAGAUAAGCUCAUGCCUACCACAUUUUCUUGUGAUGCUUCACAGACAAAGGUCACAUUCCUAAUUGGCGAUUCCAUGUCACCUGAUUCAGACACAGAAAUCAGAAGUCAGGCCGUUGUAGAUCAGAUCAUAAGGCAUCACAUCAAACCAACAAAGGAAAAAAGGAUAACUGUUGUUGAGCAUCAUGAUUCUAAGCUUGUGGUUGAGGACCAAAUCAGGGAUCCUGGAGUACAUGAAGUAUUUCCCAGAGUUGCCAGUGCACUUCCAAAUUGGAGUCAUUCAAAUCUGGAAAACAUGAGCUUAUUUGAUGAAUAUUUUAAUGAUGACUCAAUUGAAACCAGGACUAUUGAUGAUGUUCCAGUUAAAACAAGCACAGAUAUUUUAGAACACCAGAGCAAUAUGUUAGAUUUUUCUAAAAGACUGUGUACCAAGAAUAACAAACAACCAAGUGAAUUUUGUGCAUUUAUGGAAUCUGUGCACCAGGAUUCAUGUAAAACCUGCUUUCCUAAGCAGGAGCAAAGAGAUACAAAGUCUAUUCAUGUCCCCCAUGGGGACAAAGAGAACUCAGAGAGAAAAAUUGCUGUAGGAACUGAAUGGGACAUUCCAAGAAAUGAAAGUUCAGAUAGUGCUCUUGGUGACAGUGAGAGUGAAGAUGCUGGUCAUGAUAUGACCAGACAGAGUAGUAACUAUUUUGGAGGAGAUCGAGAAGACUGGGCAGAAGAGGAUGAAAUACCCUUUCCUGGGUCAAAAUUAAUUGAAGUGAGCUCUGUCAAGCCCAGCAUUGCCAAUUUUGGAAGGUCCUUGCUAGGUAGCUACUGUUCAUCUUAUGUACCUGAUUUUGUUUUGCAAGGAAUAGGAAAUGAUGAGAAACUUCGGCAGUGUUUAGUGUCAGACCUGUCCCAUGCUGUGCAGCAUCCAGUGUUGGAUGAACCCAUAGCAGAAGCUGUUUGUAUUAUUGCAGACAUGGAUAAAUGGACUGUACAAGUAGCCAGUAGCCAGAGACGAAUAACAGAUAAUAAGCUGGGAAAGGAAGUUUUAGUUUCUAGUCUUGUCUCCAAUUUGCUUCAUUCCACUCUACAGCUUUACAAGCAUAACUUGUCUCCAAAUUUUUGCGUCAUGCACUUGGAAGAUCGGCUGCAGGAACUCUACUUCAAAAGCAAAAUGCUAUCUGAGUAUCUGAAGGGACAGAUGCGAGUCCAUGUCAAGGAGCUGGGACUGGUGCUAGGGAUUGAAUCCAGUGAUCUUCCUCUUCUGGCAGCUGUAGCAAGUACUCACUCUCCAUAUGUUGCCCAGAUACUCCUUUGAAAUGUCUGCAAGCUAAGAUAUUAAUAAAGUUAAGCAGAAGCAAAGGAGGCAGGCACAAGUUAUAUACUUGUACCAACUUCUUCCUGAGAUAUCAAAAGUGACUGAUCCACUGAUGGAGCUGACUGGGACUUCUGCAAGCAUCUUAUGACUUUUUUGACUUACUUAUUUGUUUUAAAAAUUGAACAUGAAACGGAAUUAAAUAAUAGGAAAAAAAGGAGUCUGUUAAAAAGUACAGAUUAAAAAGUAUAGAUAUCAGAUGAUAACUGCAAUGUGUCUACAACUUAAACAGAUUGAAAUAUGAGGGUGAAGCAGCUGUCUUGUAAUUCAUUGCUAUUAUUCACUAGCACACAUGUCAAAAGUUCAUUUUUAAAUCUAAAUUCUUGUGGUACACCGAUUUGAAGCAUCUUGUGAAUUUUCUUUAUGGAGAAUAGCUGUUCUCAAAAUAUUUGUUUAUGACAUAGAACUCAGAAAAACAUAUGGAUCUGUGUAUAUCAUAUGCACAAAUGUACAUAUAAACAUCUCUUGGUUUCCUAAAAGAGCUGAGGGAAGAAAAGAAAAUUGGCAAAUGCAACCUUUAUUUCUUGUGUUUUAACCAAUUUUAAUUGUUGGUAAAGUUGGCAUCUUGUUUUACAGUGAUACUUUUGUUUUACGCUUUAAAAAAGAGGUGAUGCCAACAUUUUUCAUUUAAGACUUAAGAGUAUGAGUUUCCAAAUAGCAAGAAUAUAUAACAAUACCAUUUUAUUUUGUUGGUAAGUAAAGGCUCUUUCUGCUUAUCUAAAUCCACAAAUAGUGAGAAAAUGGUAGGAAGAAAGAUCAAAUACACCAAAGCAUUGGCAAAAGUAAAGUUGUAAUCUUUUAAAAAUGCUCAGGUGAAAAAGAUUUUCUCUUUCAAUAUUUUAAUUUCUAUUCUAUUAUAAUGGUACUCAUCCACUGCUCUUAGUCAUUCUGGAUUUCCCAAGAUUUCAAUUAUUCAAUUGUCAUGUUUCUGUAUAUAUUGUAGAUGUGUUAAGUAUAAGAAAAGCUAAUAUGGAACCAAAUUCUUGUAUGUAAUGUAAAUAGAGUAGAUGGGUGGAUAAAAUUUCCAACAUGCUCUACUACCUCAGUUUAAUUGAAUACUACAUUGCAGUCUUUUCUUUGCUUGUCUAACCUAAGCAUUGUCAGAGUUGUGGAUGAAGCUAGUUUCUGUUUUUCUCUACAAGAUUCACUAUAGUUAAGUGCUUAUUUAAACAAACGAGUCAUCCUGGUUCACCACAUCAGUUGUCAUUUAAUGAGUCCAUUCAUGCUUUUCAUAUCCAUCUUGCUUUCUAAUUCGAAAAAUAUGGUAUUGUUGUGGUUGGCAAAGUGCUUUUAUCUUAAGUUUAUUUAGCACACUUUGCCUUGGAUCUUUUAUGUAUAAUAGAGAUAUUCAGUUGAACUAAGAAAAUAAUCUGUUUUGAUGACAAUUAGAGUGCAUAACUGAUUGCUAGACUAGGUACUUACCUAGAUACUAUGACUGGAAACCCUCUCCUUUUGAAUUUGAGAACCCUUGGAUAUCAUAGUUGCUAAAAUGACAUUGGAGCAAAUUUUUUUUUUCCUUUUGGCUCCUUUUCUUAUGACAUCUAUUAACUGAAUUCUUUUCCUCAUUGCAUGUUGGUAAUUUUGACUGGACAAAAACUAUUUUGCUGGAAUUCAGAAUAUGGAAAAGAAAUGCAAAUGUGGAUUUGGUACAUAUUUUCCUUCUUUUGGUGACAGUUUUUAUUAUACCACUAAAAGACACACCAAAUAGAUAAGGUUUGUUUCUGAAUUCAUAAGAAAAAUGAACCUAUCCAUAUGCAUUGGCUCUCAGGAAUUUUGAGUGCUUGGGAAAUUUGAUAUUGAAGUAAGAAAUGGUUGGCCCCCAUUUUUUCUACUACUCCUUGAAAAGGGAAGUUUUGCUGGAGAUAAAGGCUUUCAAUCCUUCAAAGAAUUUCUUGGUCCCCUUAAAUAUCUAAAUAUAGUAACUGAACUCUCUAAAAAUACUAUUACCUAGUCCUAAGUCUUUCCUUACCAAAGACUGAAGAGAUAAAAUUUUUUGCUUAUUGAAGAAUGUCAGAUACUUCCUUUUUUGCUUGCAAUGUGACCACUUUGAUGAAUGUGGAAAAGAUUUUUUAAAGCCUGUCAGUAAUUUUAUGGUACAUAUGAAACAUGGUACUUACAGAAACCUGUUUGUUGUAACAACAAAUGAAAAAGGGAUCUUUAACAUAUAGUAUUAUUGACUUAAUUUUUUUUCUUUUUGUAUAUAAUCUUUUUUGAUUUUUAAAUAUUCUCCUCCUUUAUGAAGAUGUCUUAAUUUUAGAGAUGAAAAUGUUAAGUGCACUAAACAUGUACUGAAACAGAUUUAUUUUUGUUCCAAUCAACAAACACUGGGAUACUCAAUACAAAAAGUGAAUAAAACCCGGAUUUUACACAUUGCAUACUUUUCUCUGUUCUGGUGUUUUAUGACAAUUUUCUGUUUUAUCUAAAUUAUUUAGAUAGUGGUUUGUGUAAAAUACUGGGUCAAAUGUACAUACUGAUUGUUUCUUGUUUUGUAUAUAAUUCUCAACUGUGCACUUGUAUUAUAAUAACCAUUCCCAAUUUCAGGGGAAAUUUGUGCAAUAAAUACAUAUGUCAAUUCAUUUA